AAGUCGUCUCAAGACAAACAACAAUAACGCAGGGUGGCCUCCAGUAUGAAAGGCCUGUGAGAAUCGAUGCGAAAGCACACCCCUAGAUGUCAAAGCCUUGUAGCUUUAGGUCGGCCGAACCCGACUACUGUCCACGGUGAGGAAGAUCCAGCGCUUAGUCAAGGUGCCCGGAGGCCGCCGAACAGCUACUUGUUGAACGACUCGCCAUAAGUGUUCCUGGGUCUGGCCAUUUCGCGGUGGACCACUGUCGACGCGUUUGCGAGGACUUCAUAGUGAACAGCGUGCGGAGGCGGCCGCCGAGAGUUGCAGAUCCCGAUAAGAUUUCUGCUUGAGCAUAAAGGUAUAUAUGGUCAUAGGGUUUGCUAUACUAUAGCUUUCUGCCGCAGCCUGAUACUCACUCUACUCUUCGAAGCCUAUCGCUCAAAUCUGUUUGCAUAUCACCAUCAAAAUGUCUGAACUUAGCUACGCUCGCUACGGUAAAGACAAUGUACGACUGUAUAAAGUUCACCGCCAUGAAGAUGGAUCACAAUCAGUCGUUGAGAUGACAGUGAGGAUAUUACUCGAAGGCGACAUUGAAACUUCCUACACUGAAGCCGAUAAUUCCGUCGUCGUCGCGACAGAUACCCAGAAACAGACCAUCUACAUCCUCGCCAAACAGAACCCAGUUACGCCUCCAGAGCUAUUUGCAUCGAUUUUGGGCAAUCACUUUAUCGAUACCUAUUCGCACAUCCACGCUGCACAUGUCAAUAUCAUCCAGCACAAAUGGACACGAAUGACGGUUGACGGGAGGCCACACCCUCACUCGUUUUUCCGCGACGGACAGGAAAAGCGACUCGUAGAAGCUAUCACCAGGAGGGGCCAGGGAACGUCUAUUCGAUCGGGCAUCAGCGAGCUUCUGGUACUCAAGAGUACAGGGUCUGCCUUCUACGGGUUUCAUCGCGAUGAAUAUACUCGUCUUCCUGAAGUUUGGGAUCGCAUUCUGAGUACAGAAGUCGAGUGCGGCUGGCAUUGGAAGAACCUAUCAUCUAUAGCUGAGGUAAGGUCUGUAGUUCCUCAGUUCGACCAAGCGUGGGAGAAAUCUCGCAACAUUAUCUUAGAAACGUUUGCGAAGGACGAGAGCGCCAGUGUGCAGAAUACCAUGUACAAGAUGAGCGACCAGAUUCUAGCUGCUGUUUCCCUAGUCGACAAGGUUGACUUCGCACUUCCAAACAAACACUAUUUCGAAGUUGAUUUGAGCUGGCAUAAGGGGAUCAAGAACACGGGUAGGGAUGCGGAAGUGUAUGCUCCUCAGACUGAUCCAAAUGGGUUGAUACAGUGCACUGUAUCAAGAAAAUCGAAGGCAAAAUUAUGAGACCAGCAUCAUGUAGCUGUGGUUAUCAUGAUACAGGCGUUUAGGAGAUCAUAUACCGAUUAUGAGAAUCUUUAGCCUCGCCAAGGCGGGCAAUAUGC